AUGAAUAAUCGAUGGUCUAUUUCUAACUAAGUUCCCUUGUAGCAAUCUCGUUACAAGUAGGAGAUUGAUAAUUCGAAUGUGCCUAACAAUUAACCUGCUUAUCAAGUUAAAAAUGAUGAUUAAGUGAGAUAACUAGGCCAAAAAGAUAGCCCUAUUACUUCUGAAAAUAGAUAACGAAUAAAGAGUUCCUAUGAUGUAGAAAAAUCAAACCUAUCCCACAAAUACCAAAAAACUGAGGCAUCGUAUUCCCCCAUAAUAAAGUCAACGUACAAAAGAGAGAUUUCUCCUCAAUUUUAAAAGACUGAGAAUUACAAAUUGAUAGAUUCAUAUGAAGUUCGGUUGAUGAAGCUAAGUCAAGAGAAUGGAUAAUUAUAAAGUCAAUUAUUUUCAGAUCAAUAAAAAUACAACUAAAUAAUCAUAGAUUUUGAGUUACAAACCAAGUGCCUAGAAUAAAAGCUGCAUACUGAAAUUAUGAAUUUAUAAUAGCAUAAAUUGUUAAUCCAGAACAAGAAUGAAGAAAUCAAUGCAUAAACCCAGGAAUUAUUGAAAUUGGAACAAAAGUACUUCGAUUUAGAAACCAAAAUGUUUCAACAACAAAAAGACAUGGGAAUAUUAAAAUAAGCAAAUGAUUCCAAAACUAUUGAAAUUGAUGCCUUGAGACAAUACAUCAAAGAACUUUAAGCCAAGAAUGCAAGGGAUUAAGAGGAAUUAAAACUUGCAACUGACAGUUCUAUUCGUAUCACCUAUGAACUAUAGAUAAAAGAAAUUUAGAUGCAACAUAGUGGCAACAUUGCUAGAUUGAAUGAUUUAUUACAAUAGGAAUAGUAGAAAUACAAUAGAUUACUCAAUUAAUUUGAAUAACAAAUGAAUGAGUUAAACUAUUAGAAUGUUAAAUUGAAUGAUGUAAAGAUUGAGAAAGAUAAAUUAUUUGAGGAGAAUGCUCGAUUGUAAAGGUAAUUGGAUGAACUUAAAGUAUAAUAACAAGAACUCUUGAGAGAAUCGGACUCUCAAAGGGAUAGAUAAAUGUAACAAGAUAAAAAUCAUUAAACUACACUAAAUGAAUUGAAGUCCCAUUAUGAGUAUAUGAAGAAAUCUUAGGUUGAAAGGGAAGUGAAGGAGGUUACUAUGAAGUUUUAGGCUGAAAGAUUGAAUUAUGAAUCUUAAAUAAGGUCUUUAAAUCAAAGAUUGUUAGAGUGCGAGGGAAGGAUAAAUUAAAAGCAAGAAGAGAAUCGAUAGUUAUAGCAAAAGCAAUAAGCAAUAGAAUCUGAAUUGAGAGUUUUUGUUUAAGACCAUGAACAUUAUAAGAGGAUUAAGGAAAAUGAAUUACAAGAAUUGCAAAAUGAAUUGUCAAAGUAAAGAUAAUUGUAAAAUGAUACAUAGUUCAAAAACUAAAAUUCAUAGAAUGAGAUCUAGAGAUUGAAUUAAAUUAUUAAUGACUUUAAAACUGAAAUUGAUCUUGUUAAAUCUUAAUCUCAAGAAAUUCAAAAGUAAUUUUAGAUAGAAUAUGAAAAUGAUCUCAAGAAUUUAAAAUCAAAAUAACAAUAUGAAAAUAGAUAAUUAUAGGAUCAAAUCAAUGAUUUGAAAAAUGAGCUUUAGUAAUAAGAGUAGGCUCUCAAGUAAAAAGAGGAAGCCCUUCAUCAAUAAAAGUUAAAUUUGUCUUAGAAGUAAGGAGAAAUUGAUGGAUUAAUCUAGAAAUUAGAAAAUUUAGAAAAACUAAAGGAUCAAGAAAUAAAUCAAUAUCAAAGUGAAAUUGAUAACCUUUAAAGAGAAUAAAAUUUAUCCUCAACCAAACUAGCUAAUGAAAAGAGUCUCUUAGAACAACAAAUUAAAUAAUUGAAAUAAAGAUUAAAUGAUUUGGAGACUUAAUAAAUCUAAUAGGAGUUCAACAAUGAACAAGGAAAGCAAGAAUUAGAAUAGAAAUUAUAAUAAAAGGAAUUUUAAUUGCAGUAACUGUAAAAUGAAAGAAAUAACAUAAAUUCUUAGUUGACUGUUUAUAAAUAGAAGAUUGAGUAAUUGGAUUAGAUAAUACAAGAAUUAAGAGAGUAGAAUUAGUAAAUAAGUUAAGAGAUUGAGGAUUAGAAACAAUAGAAUGAAAGUGAUAGAGCUUAAUUUGUAAAGAAAGAACUUGGCUUGGAAAAUAAGGUAUAAUAAUUAAAAUAACAAAUGAUGUAAAGAGAACAAGAAUUGUAAUAGUAUAUAAACGAGUUGGACUCUACAAAUAAUAAAGUUCGAUAAUAGGAGUUAAUUACACAAUAAAGUUAAGAUGAAUUUAGAAGAAGGGAAAAUUAAUAUGUUCAGGAAAUUACCAAUUUAAAACAACUUAUGGAUACUACUCAACAAAGUAUGAGAGAGACAUUGUAAGAACAAGUGUAAAGUUUAUAAGAGAAAAGCUAAAAUAAAGAAAAGGAAGUGGAAGAGCAAGCAUAAAAGUAUGAAGAGCUAAGAGAUUUAUAUAAUCAAUUUAUUGAAGAAACCAACUUAAAAUUAGAGAAGGAAUCUGAUUUGAAAUAUCAAGCAGAAUUGAACGCUGCUUAAGACAGGAUAAGGGUUUUAGAAAUUGAAUCAGAAACUCUUUAAUUAAGAUAAAAUCAACUUCUUAAGGAAAGAAGGGAAUUAGAAAAUUUAUUGGAUGAAAAAUCAAAAGAAAUUGAAUAACUUAAAAAUUAACUUAAUUAGGAUUAUAUCUCUAAUGAAGAAUAUACUUCUUUAUAAAGAAAGUUCAAUGAACAAACAGAAGAAUUACAUUUAUUAGAAUAAAAACAAAUUAAAUUUGGAACAGAAAAAAAACAAUUAGAAAGAUAAAUAGACAAAUUGAAUCAAGAUAUAGAACUUAAAGAUUAAGAACUUUAAUAGACUGAUAAUUUAAUGAAAAAAAGAAGAAGUGAAUAGGAUGAAUUAAAUAGGAAGAUUGAUUCAUUAACUAGAGAUAACGCUAAAGUAUCUCACGAUUUAUCAGAUACACAAGCUUCAUUAGGUUCUAAAUUUGACUAAAUAAAUGCUUUGAAGAGAGAGAACGAAGAUUUAUAGAUUUAAUUAGCAUCAGCAAAGAAAUAAUAUGAGAAGGCAUCAGAAUAAUUGAAUAAAAAGAACUAAGAAUUACUAGAAAAGUUUAAUGAUGCUGAGAUUAAAAAGUCAUAUUCUUCUGGUGAAAACACAGCUGCCAAGGUUGUGACAGCAACUACAAUAAUAAAGACAUCCCAAGUAUAACUUAAUACUCCAUUAAUACCAGAAGAAGAGGACGAGAGUUAAAAAGGAACUGAAAGAUCUGGUUAGCAAUUUAAGACUUCUCAAAGAUCUGAAGAGAAGUGA